UUAUUAUUUAUUUAUUGUUGUGCCGAGCUGUCGGCGCGCAUCCUAAUCUCUGCGCGCGCAGGGGCUGCAUCAUGUCCCUGAGCCCGAAACACUCCACGCCUUUCUCCGUGAGCGACAUCCUGAGCCCGCUGGAGGAAAGCUGCUUUAAGAAGUUUGCGUGCAUGGAGGGCGCUUAUCGGCAGCCACAUCCUUCUGCGCAGAGCGCGCAGCAUCAGCACCAGCAUCAGCACCACCAGCACCAACAGCAACCGCAGCAGCAGCACGGAGUGAGCCACGGAGCGUAUCACGUGCCGCACGGCAUGUCACAGUUUUCCCACGCGGCCGUUGCGGGAUACUGUAACGGGAGCCUGGGCGGCGUGGCGGAACUGCCCACUUACCAGGAGAGCGUCAGGAGCAGCGCAGCCACAGCGACUUGGUACGGAGCAAACCCGGAACCGCGUUACGCAGCACUUCCCAGAUUCAUGGGCUCCACCACUGCUAUGAACAUGAACAUGGGCGCGCUCGCAGGAAUGGACGCCAAGUCCAUGGUUACUCUGCACGCGGCUCCUCGCCGCAAGCGUCGCGUGCUUUUCUCUCAGGCGCAGGUGUACGAGCUCGAGCGCAGGUUUAAGCAGCAGCGCUACCUGUCCGCGCCCGAGCGCGAGCACCUGGCCAGUCUCAUCCACCUGACGCCAAACCAGGUGAAGAUCUGGUUUCAGAACCACCGCUACAAAAUGAAACGGCAGGCCAAGGACAAGUCGGUGCGCGAGCCGCAACAGCAGGACGGAGGCGAGUCGUGUCAGCAGCACUCACCGCGGCGCGUCAGCGUGCCUGUGCUCGUCAAAGACGGCAAACCGUGUCAGAACGGAACGGACACACAGACUUCAGGCCAAAACGUCGUCGCCAUGGCUGCGGUUCCGCCUCAGCAGCGAAGCCAGACCGUGGAGUCUUUAGCAAACGCAGUGGACGAGCUGGACGACAUGGCGCCGAGCCCGCACGCGCUGCACGGAGCUCACCUGAGCGGUCUGUCUCACCUGGACUCCGCCCUCCUGGAGUACAACAUGGCAGGCUCGAACCUGCUGUACGGCAGAACUUGGUAAACGUUUGGUUUUAGGAAAGAAAGCGAACUGAAACAAACAUGUACAGACGCGGGGAUUUUAUCCGAUGAUAUCCACCCAGAAAGAAAACCUGACGCUCGGAGUUUGUAACUGUUGAAUGGUUUGGAUGAGGGGAAGAAAAGCUACUCGUUUUCCACAUCCGCUACUACUCAUAAAGCUUUUUUUUUUUUUGUAAAAUUUUCUUCAACUUUUUAGAUGGACUCAAUGAUGCAAAGUAUUAAAAGGACACAUCUGACCAGAUUUUAUGCUGUUGGCAAUUUG